AUGUGGAUCCUGGAGCUGGCGGGCAACGCGGCGCGCGACAACAAGAAGACGCGCAUCAUCCCGCGCCACCUGCAGCUGGCCAUCCGCAACGACGAGGAGCUCAACAAGCUGCUGGGCAAGGUGACGAUCGCGCAGGGCGGCGUGCUGCCCAACAUCCAGGCCGUGCUGCUGCCCAAGAAGACCGAGAGCCAUCACAAGGCCAAGGGCAAGUGAAGUCCAGAGAAGCUGGAGACUCAAGUCUUCAGUUGAAUCAAAAGGCUCUUUUCAGAGCCACCUCCGACUUCCUUGAAAGAACUGAACAUUUACCCAUCUUUCCUGAGUCACGCAGCACACGUUUAUUAUCCCCCAUUGCACCCCACUUCCUUAUUUUACAGAAAUAAAACCUUCCUU